AUGGACGCCUUGAAGGAUAUCGUCGGACCAGCGUUGGUUGGGGGAGCCAUCAAAUGUAUCGACAUGCACACUACCGGGGAGCCGACACGCAUCGUCUAUUCCGGGUUCCCCAGGUUGAAGGGGACUUUGCUUGAGCAGCGUGAGCAGGCUUCUCAGCAAUACGACCACAUCCGAAAGAGACUAUUACUGGAACCUCGAGGCCACUGGGACAUGUAUGGAGCCAUACUGGUGCUUGAAACCGAGCAGGUAUCAGCUGGCAAGGCUGACAUGGGUGUCCUCUUCAUGCACAACCAGGGCUUUUCCAUGAUGUGCGGACACGCAACAAUCGCUCUCGGCAGGUUUCUUGUCGAUGCUCACGAGUCUAUCUUCCCGGCAAGGAAGACGUUUAAGGUCGACAAGGAGAGCUCAACGAUCCAAGUGAAUCUGCACGUCCCCUGCGGAAUUAUUAGCAUCACUGUACCAGUACUACCUCACGGUAGGUCGGACCCACACAGACCCGUGUCUUUUGUCUCCGUGCCAUCGUUCGCAAGUGGGAUCUCAGUUCGAGUACCAUUGUCAGAUGCCCAACGCUGGCCAGAGCUAGGCGGUCGCACCUCUGUCGUUGCAGAUUUCGCUUACGGAGGCGUAUUUUACUGCUUGAUAGACGCCAGGGAGCUGGGCUUUCGUGAUGGCCUCAUUGCGCCGGAUAUCGCGAGAAUGAGUUUCGCCACCAAGUUGCUAAAAGACGCGAUCAAUGGGAAUCCCGAACUCGCGUUUUGCACAAAGCACCCAGAUAUGGAUGUCGCCGCUGCGUUGUAUUCCGUUCUGGUUGUCGAUGCACACCCAGACCAUCACGCCUCCUCUCGUCUGGCGCAUGGUGGCUCCAUGAGCACAUGUGGCGACCAUGAAACUGGACUUUGCUUCUUCGCAAACCAGCAGAUCGAUCGGUCCCCUACAGGGGGAGGCGUUGCAGCUCGCGCGGCUCUUGCUUACACCACAGGAAGACUCGCCGAAGGGCAACGAAGAUGUUACCACUCGUUGCUUUCAAGAUCGCAAUCCGGUCGUGGCAGCUUUUCCGGAACUAUUGUCCAAGUCCUGUCAUCGGUUGAUGGCCACGAUGCGCAUGAAUUCGGACACCCCUUCGGACACCCCCUGGUUAGAGUUCGGAUUGAAGGGCAGGCCUUUUACACCGGGUUAUAUACUGCUGUGGUGGAAGAAGGCGAUACAGUGGGAGCAACCGGAUUCAGCUUGAGUCAAUUGACAGGGGAGGGGAAUAGGUAG